AUGAUGGCACAUAGAAAUAUUGCACCUAAAUUUUCAUCAUUAAAAUUAGUAUCAUUGAAUCAUUUAUCAGAUCAUUUUAAACAGGAUGUAAAUAAUAAUAAUAAUAAUAGUGGAUCAUCAAAUAAUAAUAAUAAUAUUCAAUCAUAUGACCAAGAAUCAAAUAUACACCAACCUCUUUUAUUAAAAUUAAAAUUUCGGGAUAAUGAAGAAUUCAAUUAUACAAUUAAAGUAACCACUGGUGAAACGGUUCAAACUACAAAGAAAUUAAUAUCAGAUAAACUUUCAAUUAAACAAUCUUUUAUUUCAUUUUAUUUAGAAGGUAAACAAAUGAUUGAUCCACUAUCAUAUAAUGAUUUUCAUCAAAUUAAAAAUCAAAAACUAGAUUCAAUUGAUAUAGAUAUAUUGAUAAUUGGUGAAUUUAAUAGAGAUGAUGUUUUGAAGUACAUUCGUGAGGAAAAUGAAGGAAUGGACUCCAUUACUACAUCAAUGUCAAAUACUUCUAUUUCUUAUACUUCUGGUACAACUUUGACAACACCUUCAACAUUAACUAAUAAUAAUAAUAACAAUAGUAACAAUAACAAUAAUAAUAAUAAUAAUAAUACUACUACUACAUGUAAUAAUAAUAAUAGUAAUAAUAAUAAUAAUAAUAAUAAUAAUAAUAAUAAUAAUAAAAAAAAUGAAGAAUCUGUCGUAACAAAUAGUUGUUCUGCACCAUCAUCUGUUAAUUCAAUGUCACCAAUAUUAAAUAGUGCAAGCUCAUCAUCUGAUAUAAGUCUUGGAGGAAGAGUUAAUGGUACCAAUAGUAAACCAAUUAUAUCAUUAAGAAGACAUAGUGUUAAUGUUCACGUUGAACAGGAGGAAUCUUCACCAUCUUCACAACCACAAACUGUAAAUAGUAGUCCUUCAUCACCAUAUAGUACUCGUAAAAUUGUAAUAAAUGGUGGUGGUUCUCCCAAUACUAAUAGUGGUAAUAACAAUAAUAAUCCAUCACCAAGUAAGCAACAACCGCCACAUUCAUUUUCAUUAAUUCCACCAAUUUGUGAAGAGACCUUUGAAUCUAACAAUAACAACAACAACAACAACAACAACAACAACAACAACAACAACAACAACAACAACAACAACAACAACAACAACAACAACAAUAGUAAUAAUAAUAAUAUAGCAUCAAUUUCACCUUUGUCAUCAUCUCCAAAUGUAUCAUCUUUAACACCUUUAUCAUCAUCACCGAAUGUAUCAACUUCAUCUUCUUUUUCAUCACCAAAACAACCAUUAUCUCCAAAGAGUAAUAAUAAUAAUAAUAAUAAUAAUAAUAAUAAUAAUAAUAAUAAUAAUAAUAAUAAUAAUAAUAAUAAUAAUAAUAAUAAUAAUAAUAAUAAUAACACUAAUAAUGUAAAUAGUAAUCAUAUAAGUAACAGCAAUAGUAACAGUAGUGGUAGCUUGUCAAUAAGCCAUCAUAAAAAGACUCAUUUAAGAAUAAAUUCAAUAACAGCUGAUUUAAGUAUGACAAGGGAAAGAGAUUCAAGUUUUUCAAGUAACCACAAUGUAAACAACAAUAACAACAACAACAACAACAACAACAACAACAACAACAACAACAACAACAACAACAACAACAAUAACAAUCCUUCAAAUGUAAAUAGCAGUAACACUACAAAUAAUUUAUUGUCUCCUACAACAUUCAGUAGAUUAGAAAUUUAUGAUAUCUCAAACCAUAAUAAUAAUAAUGAUAAUAAUAAUAAUAAUACAGGUCAUAUUUUAAUUAAUACCAAUAAUAAUUGCAAUGAAACCAUUAAUAAUGGAGUAAUAAAUUAA